CCAGAGGAGGGGCGGAGCGGGCGCGGGGCCUUUAAGAGGCGCGGUCGCCGGGACCCGGCCAGACGCGGGCAGCGCCUGGACUCGCCGCCGCCGCCGCGGGACUCGCAGUCCGCAGCGCAUCGGCUCCUCCUCCUCUUACGACCGCGCUCCGCAGCGAUGGACGGAGACGGUGACCCAGAGAGCAUGGGCCAGCCAGAGGAGGCCAGCCCGGAGGAGGCGUGCACAGAGGAGCGGCGGGAGGACGAGGAGGAGGAGGCUGCAGCCGCGUACCUGGCCGAGCUGCCCGAGCCGCUGCUGCUGCGCGUGCUGGCCGAGCUGCCCGCGGCGGAGCUGGUGCAGGCCUGCCGCCUGGUGUGCCUGCGCUGGAAGGAGCUGGUGGAUGGCGCCCCGUUGUGGCUGCUCAAGUGCCAGCAGGAGGGGCUGGUGCCGGAGGGCGACGCGGACGAGGAGCGCGACCACUGGCAGCAGUUCUACUUCCUGAGCAAGCGGCGGCGCAACUUGCUGCGCAAUCCGUGCGGGGAAGAGGACUUGGAGGGCUGGUGCGACGUGGAGCACGGUGGGGAUGGCUGGAGGGUGGAGGAGCUGCCUGGAGACAGUGGGGUGGAAUUCACCCACGAUGACAGCGUCAAGAAGUACUUCGCCUCCUCCUUUGAGUGGUGUCGCAAAGCACAGAUCAUUGACCUGCAGGCUGAGGGCUACUGGGAAGAGCUGCUGGACACCACCCAGCCGGCUAUCGUGGUGAAGGACUGGUACUCGGGACGCACCGACGCCGGCUGCCUGUACGAGCUCACCGUGAGGCUGCUGUCGGAGCACGAGGAUGUGUUGGCUGAGUUCACCAGUGGACAGGUGGCAGUGCCCCAGGACAGCGACGAUGGUGGCUGGAUCGAGAUCUCCCACACCUUCACCGACUACGGGCCAGGAGUCCGCUUCGUCCGCUUCGAGCACGGGGGACAGGACUCGGUCUACUGGAAGGGCUGGUUCGGAGCCCGGGUGACCAACAGCAGCGUGUGGGUGGAGCCCUGAGCGGCUCCUCCUCCACCCUUCCCCAGCCGCCCUGGAGCGGGAGAGGCCCUGGGGUAAAUCGGCCUUAACUUAGUCGGUAGCCGCAUCCUCACCUUACCCGCGCCUGGCACCUGCCCCUCUCCUGCCCAUUGCUCCCAGCCCAGAUUGCAGCCGCUUCUAGAAUGUGAGUUCCGAGGGGCGUGGGCCUGCUGCCGAAUCCUGUGCACCUAGCACUGUGCCUUCCUCAAAGUGGGCACUCAAUAAAUACUAUUUGUUC